AUGGACGGAUCCAUCUCUUCUUUUGUCGCCAUUACCGGGGCUACCGCGGAUGUUGCUCGUGGGUUUCUUCAGAUAGCGAGUGGGGAUUUUGAGCGAGCCAUUGGUUUAUUUUAUGAAAACCCCGAGCUUGCCUCUGGUCUAGGAGCUGGCAUAGCCGAACCAACCUCGGGUCCUGCUAACCCAACAUCUUCAACGAGGCGCCGUCCCAAUAUCGGCCGCGAGGAUGCAAGCGGUGUCAUUUACAUAAGUGACGACGAUGAUGACCACGACUACGACGACGAUGACAUAAUGAUAGAUGAUGGUGCGGGAAGCGGCGAUAACGGCGAGAGAGCUGCAGCUCAACAUGCAGCUGCCCUGGCGCAGGAAGAGGAGGACGCUGCCAUGGCAAAGCGGCUGCAGGAGGAGCUGUACCAAGGUGGCACAGCCGGGCCGGGAGUACACGAUGAUGUCAGGGCUCCCAUUGCGCGAACGACGGAAACACUGGUUGCUCCGGACUCUACCUGGGAUGGUGCCGUGGAUGACGAGACGACGCAAAGGUUUUUGGAGCAGCUACGGAGUAGAAGACAUCCGCCCCCUCGUACUGGCGGCCCGUUUGCCCAGCGAAUUUGGGGCGAUGUUCCUGGCAUGACGCCACCUAGCACCACGGAAAACGGAACCCACGCUCGACGAUUAGAGGACCUCUUUCGACCACCGUAUGAUCUGAUGGCCCGAGUUAGCUGGGACGAAGCAAGAACGUUGGGGAAAGAAGACAAGAAAUGGAUCUUGGUCAAUCUCCAAGACAUGAACGACUUCAAUUGCCAAGCCCUCAACCGAGAUAUUUGGAAAGAUACGGCGAUUAAGGAGCUUAUAUCUGAGAACUUUAUCUUUUUACAGUAUGACAAGGACUACCCAGACGCCGAAGAGUACAUCACCUUCUACUUUCCCAACAGAACACACGAGAAUCCAGACAACUACCCACAUGUGUCCAUCGUCGACCCCAGAACCGGAGAACAGGUCAAAGUAUGGAGUGGACGGCCUUUUCCAACUGCCGCCGACUUCCACGCUGAGUUGGCCGAGUUCCUCGACAGGUACAGCCUUGCCGCCAAUAGCAAGAACCCUGUUGCCAAGUCGACAACGCGAAAGCCCAUAGUGGUGGAUGUAGACCGGAUGACUGAGGACGAAAUGCUGGAGAUGGCCUUGAAGAACAGUCUUGCAGCUAGUGGCGGCGAAAGCAGCCGAUCGACGUCGACACCAAACAUCCAAGAUCCAGAUGCCUUGACGAAAACACCGGGUCCCGACGAUGGCGUGGUUGAUAGCGGCAAGGGCAAAGAGCCUGAAGUGGCACCCCAGCAAAGUGUUUUCGCCCUGGUAUCCAGUGGGAAACCUCACACAGAACCGGAGAAUAAUCCCACAACAACAACCAGAAUACAAUUCAGACACCCCACAGGACGUGUCAUUCGACGAUUCAAUCUUCAAGACCCAGUCCGCCGGAUUUAUGAGUGGCUCAAGGCCGAGCCGUUGGAAGGCAAACAAGGCGUCGAGUUUGAACUGAAGAAGAUGCCACAGGGCCAGGAUUUGAUUGGAGACCUGGACAAUACCAUUGAGGAGACUGGCCUUAAACAAGGCACCGUAAUGAUUGAAUUUAUUGAGGAUUGA